AUGAUCUCAUCGUCACUUGUAGUAAGUGAAAAUUUGAAGGGCCCACGAAAAGUUGCAACAAACACUCGUGUUUACGUUUUGGCGCGUGCCGACUCCGUACUUCAUUUUCCGGCAGAACUUGUCGAAGAUGGUGAAGGAUUUGAGCUUCCUGAUGAAAAAAUUAUUGAAAAGAGGAAAAUCUUCACAAUGCAACUCCGUUUACGGCAUUUUUGCGUGGAGAAUGUUGUCGUUGCACGUGACCCUGGGAGAACGUGGUUUCGGCUUUCUUCGUUUGUUCGAGCCUUCACCUAA